CCUCUGGCAACAGUUGGCAACUGCCCGACGGCUCUUACGCAGAAAGCACGGGCAGAAGCACAGAUAGAAAAGAACAGCAACGAUACUCUCAACGCGGUACACCAACGUACUUGCCCGUGUACUACGCGCGAGCGGCUUGGAUGUAUACAGAAAAUUGUGUCACUUCCUAGUAGAUCUUGUUUCGGAGCUGGAAAGCGUUCCUGAGCCAGCGAGAGUGGGAAAUGCGACCUCCCCGACGUGACCUCGCCUGACAUAAAGCCCAGGAACGGGGCCGGCUUGUCCGCAUCAGAUUCAGAGGGGGAGAUUGUUUCAAAAAAAAGAUUCAGAGGGGGAGGAGCCCAGGCCUCGAUGAAGUGUGGUCGAAGGAAUUCACGCUGGCGCUGGCACUGGCACCUCCCGGGAUGGCACGGUUACCAUUCCCACAGCCGGACCGGUAAGACGAACGGAUCACCCGUUGAACCAUGUUGGGAAAGAGCAAACCGUUCCUUCUAGGAAAAAGAAAACGAACAAAUUGCCAUCGCAUUGGGAUGGUCACAAUUAUCAUGUCCGAGGAGUCGUACGAUCCCAGCCGUCGAUCUUCACCAGACCGUGCUGACGAGCACGAUCGCAGCACUCAACGCACACACCAGCUGUCUCUAGUCUACCACGCUGUAGUAGUACUACUGAUUUCUGAACACCUGGUGAUCUGAACCGUGAGCAGCAAGCAGGUAAACCCAGCUGAAACAGCGCAGAGCAGGAGCGCACGCCACGCCAGGUAAGCAAAGCCAAUCUCACUCGGGUCCAAAAGCUUCGAGCCCAACCAGAGGCAGAAGCCAUUUCCCAACCACCGGGGAGAACGAGCCCGACACCGCGCUCCGGUACGAUCGGGGCGUGCUCAUUCCCCUGCCGCCUUCGCCCCUCGCUCUCGCAGACGGGCGGGCCCCACGGUCUCCCCUGCCCCUGGCAUGCUCCCCCAGCUAUAUAAAGCGCGACCGCCACGCGUUCCCAGCACCCACCCCCAGUUCGCUUCGCAGUCCUCGGUCGUCCUCUCCAACACGCCCCCUGCUCCGAUCGGUUCGUCCAGGAGUUCGCAGAGGCUAGCUGUCUGCCUUGGAAGCCGCAGCCAUGCAGGAAGCUCUCCUCUCCCCGGCCAAUGCCGGCAGCCUCCGCUCGGCCUUGGAGCUCAAGCCGUUCGCCUUCGGGGACCAGCGCCUCGCCUCGCCGCGCUACCUCAACCUCGCCUGCGGCGGUGGCGGCGACGAUGCCGUCGACGCGCUGUUCCGCUGCUCCUCCCCCUUCAGCCCCAGCUUCGGCUUCUCCUCGCCGUCGCCGCUCGCCGCCUCCUCCGUCUCGCUGUCGCCGUCCUCGUCGGCCUCCCUCGUCGACGACUGCGACGACGCCGCGGCCGCGGCAGCCGACGCCGCCACGGGCCACCGCCUCCAGCUCGCGCGCCUCGCGCUGCAGUACCAUGAGGUGGCCGACCGCUACGAGCUCUGCCUCGCCCGCCUCGCCGAGGCCGCCGACGAGGCUGCGGCGCUCCGCCGCGAGAACGCUGAGCUCCGCGUCGCCAACGGCGACCUCACGCGCCGCCUCGCGCUGCUCAGCGGCAUUGGCAAGCAGGCAGCCGCCUCCGCCAUCGCCGACGAGGUACGCCGGCUCCGCUUCGUCGACCAGAAGGCCGCCAAGGAGCGGGCGCCCGAGAAGCUCGCCGUGCUGCCCAAGAGCAUUUCCGUCCGCUCCAACGACUACCUCAAGAUGAACCAGCCCAACCAGGCCCCCGCCGCGCCGGCCGCCAGCAACCGCAAGCCUCGCGCGUCGAACGCAACCAAAACCAGCUCGCAGCGCGCGCACAUGGGCGGCGGUGGCGGCGGUAAGAAAGGCGAGGAGAUCGUCAAGGAGCAACACGCGGCCGGCGGCACGGAGCUGGAGGUGUACAACCAGGGCAUGUUCAAGACGGAGCUGUGCAACAAGUGGGAGGAGACCGGGGCGUGCCCCUACGGCGAUCAGUGCCAGUUCGCGCACGGCGUCGCCGAGCUCCGCCCCGUGAUCCGCCACCCGCGCUACAAGACCCAGGUCUGCCGCAUGGUGCUCGCCGGCGAGGUCUGCCCGUACGGCCACCGAUGCCACUUCCGCCACUCGCUCACCCCCGCCGAGCGCCUCCUCCUCCCCCGCCCUUAGCCCAGCAGAGGCACGGAACCGUUCGGUUUUGCUUCGUCUCAAGUCUACAAGUCAAGUAUAUAAUUCACACGAAAAUGUACAAAAAAAAAUGCAAACAGCGUAAAUAAGAUACAUGUAUACAAGUAAGAUAUAAAACAGCGUAAAGGAAACCUGAUCGUAGAAUUACUUUUCAGGAAAUGUGAAUAUUCAUACACAAGAUUAGCUUCAUCGUCAGUCAGCCGGGGGUUCUCAGGGACUUCAACUACUGUGUCUUCUGUUCAUGUAAUCUAUUUUUUUGGGUGUAUUUGUUAGGUGAUAGCUGCCCAUUUUCUUCGAUGCAGUGGGCGAGGGCUUGAUACAAUAAACUCAGUAUGGCUGUAGAUUCAGCAAGCACCUUUCGAUGUGCAGGUGACAUUCAAGUAUUCAACCGGAAUGCUUGCACUUGAUGCAAGGAAAUGCGGGUGGAAGUGAACCCUGCCAUUUUGUCUGUUCA